AUGGAAGAAAAUCAUCAGGCAUCGAUCCCAAAGACAGCUUUAAAUCUAUACGUCAGAUUGUACUGUAAGAAAAGAAAACUGUUGGAGAAUACGGUUACAAGAAGACACACAACUUUAGUGGAAGCAACUAAAUCUUGGCUUUCUUUAAGUAAAAGUGAAAGAGAAAUAUUUGUAACAAAAUACAAUAAUAUAGUUAAUGAAUAUAAGAAAAAAAUUGCCAAUUCUUUAAAAGAUGCUAAACCAUAUUUAAAGAAAAAGGAUUUGAAAAGAUACGAAAAGACAGCUUCUAUUCAUACCGAAAACCAUGGUAAUCAAGAUAAACAACAGAAUUCAGAAGUAAAUUUUAAUAAAAAUAUAUUAGAAGAUUCUAAACCGAUCAUUGGUGCUAUAAGCACAAAUGAUGGAAUGACGUCGGAGUUAGAUUUUGCAGAAUCUCAAGAAAAUGAAAUCCCCGACAAUAAUUCUUUUGGACCGGAAUAUCUUCCUGAACCUAUCCCACCGCGAUUUACAUCAGGUAAAGAGUUAUAUGAAAUGCUGAUGCUGAGGACGAAGGAGGAAACCGUGAAUUGGAACUCUUUAUCAGUUUUAGAGAAGAGGCGCUAUCACAAUGCUAUACUGUGUAUAAAAAGAAAUUAUAUAAAGUCAUAUAAAUCUUUUUUGGAAAGCUUAACACCCGAAGAACUGUUUAAUUAUUAUGUUAAAAAUAAACACGAGGAAUAA